AGUACACACACAUUAUAGGGAUAAUCAACAUUCUAAUUCAUGCUUUCCUAGUUUUUUAUGUUUUCUUCGUCUUUGUGCUACUUAAGAUAACAAACGAAGGUACACGAUCUAAUUAUAAUGGGCGAUCAACCGAAGAAGAAGAAGAAGGAACCGGUCCCGGUGGAGAAGACGGCCGAUCCAAUUAUCUCCCAGAUCGGCGACUUUAAGCGUUAUCAGUUCUGGUUUUGUAUGCUGAUAUUUUUAAGUAAAUUUGGCACGGGCUGGCACACACUGGCACACAUAUUUUUGGCGGCCCCCACCCCCCUUAGUUGCGCAACACCAAACGUGACAGAUGCGUGCAGCGACGACUGCGAUAAGAUCGAUUUCGACACAAGCGUAUUUGAGACCACCAUAGUUACAGAAUGGAAUCUUACCUGUAAAAAAUCUAGUUUGGCCAGUAUGUCACAAUCCAUUGUUAUGGCUGGCAUUAUGUUUGGCAGUAUUGUCUUUGGCAUGAUCGCAGAUCGUUGUGGUCGUCGUCCUGCAUUUUUGGGCUGCUGCUUCAUGCAGCUAGGCGCUGGCUUGAUCGUCUGUCUGUCCCCGUAUUUUUGGUUCUACUGUCUCUUCAGAUUUCUGACGGCUUUUGCCACAGGCGGCACCAUGACAACCAGCUUUGUGCUCAUCAUGGAAAUAAUAGGACCGAAGAAACGCGAACUAGUUGCAAUUCUGUAUCAGAUACCAUUCAAUAUUGGCCACGCCUCCCUGGCGAUAUUUGCCUACUUUAUACGCACCUGGCGCUGGUUUCAGUUCGCCGUGACAAUAUUUUCGGUCGUGUUCGUGCUCUACAUAUUCCUGGUGCCCGAGUCUCCACGCUGGUUGUUUACGACAGGACGUGUGGAUGAUUCCAUAAAGAUAUUGGAAAAGAUAGCUAAAAGAAACAAUGCGCCCACCGAAACCAUCCGUCCGGAGAUAGAGGCCGGCUAUAAAGUGCUGGCUGCCAAAACGCCUACAAAAAAGGGUAACGUGAUCGAUCUUUUUCGAACGCCCUUUUUGCGUGUGAAGACCUUUUGCAUGCUCGUUCUUUGGAUGGUGAUUUGCAUGGUCUACUAUGGCACCGCCCAGUAUAUAUCCAAACUGGGUGGCAAUAUAUUCCUUAACAACCUAAUCGCCGCUGGGCUAGGUAUACCCGGUACUCUGCUCUGUGUGGUCUUGACUAAGUAUUUGGGUCGCAAGAUAACAAUGAUGCUGUCCAAUGCGCUUAGUGCAAUUGGCCUGUUAGCUUUGGUGUUUCUGACUAAUAUCGAUAUGCGGAUUCAGGUGGCCUGCGCCACACUAGGACUAUUUGGUGCGUCGAUAUCAUUUCCCAAUGUGUAUCUAUGGGGCGGUGAGAUAUUUCCGACUGUGGUGCGCUCAAAUGGUUUGGGUCUGUGCUCAAUGAUUGGCCGUAUUGGAAGUCUCUUAGCACCGCUCAUUUGUGAACUGUCCCAGUUUAAGUUAUGGCUAACACCACUCAUAUUCGGUCUCUUUGCGGUAUCGGCUGUGAUUUCAAGCAUCUUUUUGCCAGAGACACGUGGCACCCCGUUACCGGAGACAUUGGAGGAUGGUGAAAACUUUGGACGAAAGGCAAAGGAGUAACUGCGCAAUGCAGAAUACUCAGAUUAUACCAGACUUCUACGCAAGCCAACUCGCGCUGUUAACAGAAGCUGUUAAAAUAUUCAAAAUAGUCUAGUAAAAAGAAUCGAACAGACUAGAUGGUUGCGCGUUGACUCUGUGUGGAGAGCGAGUUAAUAAUAAACUAAUAAAACAUUUAAUUGCGCCUUAUCAGGCCAGAGAAGAUGUUGUCGAAGCUCUUAUCUCAACCCAGACUCACCCGCUGUAAAAAUGCAGCUCAACUUAUUGUCGUACGUGCUAAACGCAGUCUGGCAUCAGCUUCUGAAAGCUAUUGAUGGAACGGAAAUUCGUGUGUUAAUAGUAAACUAACUAAACUAAAUGUGCUUUAAACAAUACAAUAAAAAGGGUGGCGUAUAAAA